GGAAGAAGUAUAAUAGAGAAGCGGAUUGUACUCCGAGAUUUAAAUGGAUGUUCCAGGAAAUAGGAAAUUUGCUAGGAACAUUUAAUAUAACAGACUUCAUACCUUGGCUUGGGUGGGUGAAUUUUGUAAAUGGGUUGGAGAAGAGGAUGGAGAAAAUUUUUGUAGAGAUAGAUGUUUUUCUUGAUACUGUGAUUCAACAACACAGAAUUGGAAAUAAGAAAAAAGACUAUCACAAUAAUGAUGCAGACAUUAACUUAGUAGACAUCCUCCUUCAAAUUGAAAAAGACAGGGGCUUUGGAAUUUCUCUUUGGAACGAUAACAUCAAAGCCAUUCUAUUGGAUAUGUUUGGCGCCGGAACUGAUCCCACAAGUAUACUUCUAGAAUGGACAAUGGAAGAAAUUUUAAAGCAUCCAGAAGUCAUGAAAGAAGUUCAAGAGGAAGUACGGGGGUCACAAGGGGCAAAGCAAAUAUCACAGAAGUUGAUAUAAAACAAAUGCAUUAUUUGAAUGUAGUGAUUAAGGAG